GGUAAGUAGAUUAAUAUCAUUCAAUCGCAGAAAUAGAGAAACCAGAGAAUCAUUCCAAGGUUUAAAGCAAGCAAAGAAGCAAAAAACAAAUGUUGAAGCAAUUCUCAUUGGUUUUCUUUGUUCUGAUAGCUUGCUACGUCGGGGUUAAUGUUCGGGAAUCGAAGCAUAUUACGAAGGAGUUUGAAGUGAAUGCGCCUGCAAGUGAAGUUUGGGAACUUUGUAGGAGCCUUGGCCUCAAAAAUCUUGUUGCUCGUAAGCUUAAAAAUGUUGUCCAAAGCGUUCAGGUUUUGAAGGGUGAUGGUGGGGUAGGAACAGUGGUGAAAACAACGUUGGUUCCAGGGAUUUCAAGUUAUACAGAGAAAUUCACCGUGAUUGAUGACCAAAAGAGGGUGAAAGUGGCACAAGGCUUGGAAGGUGAUUGUCUAGCAUUUGGUUGCUCAGUUCUAAAUCUUCGAUUGGAAAUAAUAGAGAAAUCCCAGAACUCAAGCAUCAUAAAAUACACCGUUUCAUAUACUGUCAAGAAAGAAUUUCAAGCCAAGGAUCCAAAGCCUACCAUCCAAAAAUUAGAAGCUAUGAUACAAAUUUCCAAGGAAUAUCUUGAGAGAAACAAUUAAUGAUGGUUAAAUAAAGAGUAUUUAAGUAGCUAAAAGCUAUGUACUUGAUCAUAGUUCUUUAUCCUUUUAAAUAAACUGCCUCCUUUUUUUUUUGUAAAAGCAUUGUCAACAAAUGUAAACAACAUGCAUUUUGAUGGGGAGAGAAUUUAGAUUCCACCUUUAGAAAUAAUAUUAUGAGAAAAGUAACCAUAAAUACUAAAUAAAUUACUUUUUAUUGAUUUAAAAAGAAA